AAGCCCAGACGCCUGCUGAUACUGAAGAGCGAUUAGGGUUUUUGCCUUCUCUGUCUCAGCCGCCGCUCUCCCUGUAGCCUCCUCCGUCCCCUCACUUCGCUGCAAUCACCAUGUCGAAACGAAAGACCAGGGAGCCUAAGGAGGACAAUGUGACCCUCGGACCGGCUGUCCGUGAAGGGGAGCAUGUGUUUGGUGUUGCCCACAUCUUUGCAUCGUUCAAUGACACUUUCAUUCAUGUCACUGAUUUGUCUGGAAGGGAAACACUUGUUCGCAUCACUGGUGGGAUGAAAGUCAAGGCUGACAGGGAUGAAUCAUCUCCUUAUGCUGCCAUGCUUGCAGCUCAGGACGUUGCACAGCGAUGCAAGGAACUUGGGAUCACUGCUCUGCAUAUUAAGCUCCGGGCUACUGGUGGCAAUAAGACCAAGACACCUGGACCUGGUGCCCAAUCUGCACUCAGGGCACUUGCUCGUUCUGGGAUGAAAAUUGGUCGCAUUGAGGAUGUGACGCCAAUUCCCACUGACAGCACCAGGAGAAAGGGUGGGAGAAGAGGAAGGAGGCUGUAGUUUCCUCCAUCCGUUUUCCAAGGAGUCCCAUUUAUUUCUCAGCGGUGCUUGUGUCCUAGUUAUUUUGAACAGUUUUGUAGUAUUUUGAUAUUUGGUUAGUUUAUGGGAAUUUAUGUGUGGCCCAUUAUAUGGGCUAAAGAUUAUCAUCUGCUGUUUCCUUGAUAACGUUUGAAACCUAUGGUUUUUAGCGUGGUCUUUUCGACUUUA